CAGUCAUCAGAUAAGCCACCCGGAAAGCAACAAAAAAAAAACCCGAAGAUGAGACUUCACAAGGCGAAGAGGGCGGUUCCCCAGUACAGUACAGUAAAGUCCAGUACCUAGGAUACCCGAACAGGAAACGGGCAGUGAGCGAUGCAACAUCGUGGGAAACUUGCUCACUACCGGGCGGUCAUACUCCAGUUAAACCAUUCGAUCUGGCGACUCUGUUUUCUUUUGGUGGUGCCAGCGCUGCGGGCAAAGCUGGAAAGGCGGGACAAAGUACCCGUACUGGUUGACACAACGUCACGGUUGAAGGAUGAAGGAUGCAGGAUAACAUCGGCCGAUACGAUACCUCGGGGUAUGGCGGAUCGAGGUACCUGGAUCUUGCAGUGUGUCCCGUCUCAGGAAAUCGACAAUUUAAUAUUAGAGCGAGUUGAGACGGGCGCAUCUGAUCUAGUGUAGUGUGCGGAAACACACCCGCAAUCCAUAGAUACCUACCUACCUACCUAAGUACCGAAGGUGUGAAUCAAGAUGGCAUCACAUAAAACGCCCCCCGCUACUCCCGCUGA